GGCUCACGUAUUUACCUAUACAGUCGGAGAGUUGCGUGUAUAUACACGGACUCGAAGGAUGGCGAGUGCCGCGAUAUCGAUCCCACGCAAUAUCGCGUUGUUCCCAGUAGCGUUUCCGCGGGCGUAGCGACGUUGAACGUGGCCGCGGUGGUGGCGGUGGUGGUGGCGGCGGUGGUGGUAGUGUCUUUUUUGCCGGUGUCCGAGUGUGACGAUUACUUCAACUUUGUGCACCGUUUGUAUAUAGCUUUCUUAGCUGAUAUUAGUGCUGGCCUUGACCAUUCCGCACUCUUCUUACGAUUUUCGCUAAUCGGCCAUUAUUUAUAACACCCUGAAAAAUUUAAUUGUAACAUCAACGGGUGUAUGAGCAUCGUCCGAUCUCCAGUGAAGAUGUGGGGUAGAGCAAGUAUGGCAGCUGUAAUGGUUCUGCUUCUUGCGUAUUUCUGCACGCUGAAUGUAGCCUAUGCCAAAGGGAGCAUCUCUGAGACUGGUUCCACCGACAACGACGGGGAAAACAUUUUGGAACGUGCAACUGCGUGGCUAUGGAGUCAACGUAAUAAAGAUGCCGGCUGGGGAAACGAUACCCAUCGAGUUUUGUUGGUUCUUCGGCUGGGUAACCUCUCGCGGGAGGAUAACGUUGCACCAGUGGCUCCUCUUGAACUGCAGCUCAGCAGUAAACAGAUGGAACUUGAAAUAGUUUUGCUGUUGUGGAGGCACAGGGAAAUCGGUUUCUCUCCCUGUCGACUAGCCCGCUAUACUCUUGCCCUCAACGCCAUGUGUACGGACCCAAGACAGUUUCACGGUCACGAUUUGAUUGGAACGCUUCAACAUCACGAGCCACCGACUGAUUAUGAGUUUGCUCUUACGACGUUAGCUGCAUGCAAUGCACAAGCUCACGUGCGAAAGAGACAGAUACGUCGGUUGUUAGACAUUGCAAACGCCGCACAAGAUCACAAUGUCGAUACUGUCGCAAUGGUAAUCUUAGCCCUAAAGUGCAUCGUUCAGGAUCACAGACAUCGAAAUCUUCAUCAUUUCGUGCGUAAGCCGUCGAUCGGUUUAGCGCAACAGCAAAGACUCGACGGUAGCUUUGGAGAUAUUCGAACAACAGCUCUGGUAAUGCAAGCACUUGAAGAGGCGGAAAACGAGCCAGCUGACAAUUGGAACAGAUCCGCCGCUUUAGCGUGGUUAACGAGUCAGCAACGAGCUGAUGGCUCUUUCGCUGGUGAUGUUCGUGCAACCGCUGAAGCUCUGCUUGGCGUGGCACCACGUGGUUUAGCAAGCAUUAGAACUCUCGAUUGUGGCCAAGGACUCGGUGAAACUUCACCACCGAGAUUCACCACGAAUAGUAACGAGCCUACAGCGACUUCGGGUAAUCGGAACGACAGUGUGUCGAUAUCUGUAAUUUCUGGAAGCAGUAUAUCGAGUAAUGCUACCAUCGGAAGUAGUGGAAUCAGUGGAAGUAAUGGAAAUAAUGGCAAUAAUGGAAACAACGGCAGUAAUGUAACAAACACGUUUAACACGAGUAAUAUCGAUAGCGUAAUCGUCACUGGAGCAACGCCGGUUAUGGUGAACGUUUCUUAUACUCUAUGGGUUGGCAGUAAUGUAAACGAAACGUAUAGCCUGACACUUGUUGCUCCUAAAAACGAAACGUUUUACGAAAUGAUGCUUCUGGCCUCGGAAAUGUCACCGCAUUUUCAAUUCGUUGCAUCCGAAUGGCCCAAUGGACACUACGUUCAUACGAUAGCUGGUUACAAAGAGGAACCAAUGUCCUAUCAUUACUGGUUGCUGUAUCGACUCACCUCUCCACCGGAUCCAUCUUCGCCACCGGGUAAUCAACUGGUCGCACCUGGCGGCGUGGAUGAUCUACAGAUCAGCGAAGGGGAUCAUUAUCUUUUUUGGUAUAAAAAGCUAUGAGGAACAGUAAGAUAUCGACGUUCGGUCGAAUCAAACGAAAAAAAGAAGAAGGAAAAGAACGGAAUUGUGUGUGCUUUGAGGACUGUGAGAAGGCAAGAGCAAUGAGUAAAAAUUUGUAGUCGCUCGAAAACGAGGGCUUAUUCUAUUCACUGCCAUCGCUAGACACACGUACGGUAACGUACGCGACAUUUUCCUGGAACACCUCCGUAUGGACCGCUCGUAUGUCAUGUUCUUAGGAAGGUGCCGUAGACAUAGAGCUGGCAGUGACUGAUUUCCGAAACUCUGCUCUAACCGAGCCGAUUCCACAACGAGUCGGCGACACACGACAUCGCUAUUGGACUGACGUGGUAUGGGAUAAUAACGAAUACCAUGCGUAUAGUAAUUUAAGCUAACAGCAUAUUUUCUAUGAAACUGCAAUGCACAACCACAUUGUACCUACUUAUAUGAUAUGGCGAUAGCAUAUAAUAUCAACGUAUCGAUUGAUAUUUAAUAAAUCCCAUAUCUAUAUGUACUAGUAACCUAACCUAUUUCUUGGUAUCUUGCUGCGCGUAUUGCUUUAUAAUCACCAAAUUCCUGCGCUACGAGACAGAAGGUCUGCUUGCCACAAUGCAUACAUUAAAAUUUAACCGAACGGAAAUACAUUUCGAUCGACAGUUUUUCAUAAUUUGCCUAACGUUGUAAUAUACCGUCUCCUUUGUUUC